GCCAACAAAUGAACACAGAUCAAGAAUCUGGGCAGAGUGAAAAUGUGGAGCUCACAAGUAUCAGAGUUGACAAGGCCCACCCCCCAGAGAAUGAGUAUGAAAUGCCACUACCCCCUCCCCCCAUGAAGACAUUUACCAUGGCAUAUACACUUAAUGCAGUUCCAGGUGUGUCCAAUGAUGUAAGUUCUGGAGUGGUAAUACCUGUUCAUUCGACUGCUUCUGGGAAAAAAGGUGUGUCCAAUGAUGCAAGUUUUGGAGUGUUAAUACCUGUUAAUUCAACUGCUUGUGGGGAAGAAGGUGUGAAGGGGUCAAAGGUUGGAGCGUUAGCAUCGGUUACCUCAAAGGCAGCGAAACAAGUUGCUGGAAAUUUGGUCAGUUUGGUCAAUGCACACUUUACUCUGGGGGGUAAUGAACAGACCUACUCCGGUGGUACCGCCCAUCAACAACACGAGGAAAGGAAACUCACAGGUCCGGAGGCUGACGACAGAAGGAGAGACUCGCGAAAUUGGGAAACGAGGAGGCUUAUUAAGGAGGAAAGCUCCCAUAGGAGAGAUUCGCUGGUUGACAGCAUCACAAUCGCUAAAUCGAUCAUUGCUGACUCUACAAAGAAUAGGAAGUUCGAGGAGAGGGCUUCCAGACGACGACAUAUUAUCAAGGAGUGUAGCCAGGGUUCCGAGUCAGAGACGGAGGUAAAGAGAAAACGAGUAUCUUUUGCCGAAGAACUGGAGACUGCUUAUUCGGUGAUUGCACCAGACUCGAUUUACAGGCAGAGGUUGGAAAAUUCCAAGGAGAAACGUCUUGCAAUUAGGGAGCAGACUUCUGGAAAGAGGAGAGCAUCACUUGCAGACGACAUUGAGAUUGCAAAAGCCAUUAUUUUCGAGAGCCCAAAGAAAUAUACACUUCCUGUCAGCCUAGUACAGCAGAUGAUCGCGUUAGGCCUGGAACCCAAGGAUUACCUCAGCUGUUCGUUGGACAUCGCCAAGCCUGUUCUCCAGAACGAUUGUGGUGCAACUGGUAAAGUUUUCAAGUAUGGUGUCAAGAAUUUCUAAAGAUGCCGUGGACUGAAAAGAUGUUGCUUGUGAGAAGUCCUCAAUGUUUACUUGUUUUUCUUCAUUCUCUCUUCUUUUUUUCUAUUUUUCUCCAUUUAUCAUCAUGAACUGGGAUCUUUUUAUACACCUCUACUUGACAGAGGACAGGAAAACCAAAGGAUACUAUUUAAAGCUAAAACCAACAUCAUUUCUCUUUUUUCAUAUACUUCGAUUUAAGCUUAAAUUUCGUGCGCCUAUACACUUCAUUUUCUUUCUUAUCCCUUAAAAAUACGGCGAAAGGAAAUAAAAAAGGGAUUCCUUGUUGUUCACUUUAAAAAUGUACAGACAUUAACAAUCAUUUACAGACAGUUAAGAGACUGCCUUCUCGUCUUUAUGGCAUUGUGCUAAUGUUAUUACCAAUACUGCGGCAAUAUUGUUUUUCUUCGUCUCUCCGUAUUACUCCUUGAUCAAAGAACUGAAAUGUGAACGUAAGAUUCACAUGAUACUCAAGUCUCGCAGUGUGCGCAUUCUGUCGUGUGUUCAUGAACUUCCUCAAAUCCUUUUUAAUAAAGAACAGUUUUUACCCAA